AUGGCCGCCAUUGGCGAUGAAGACUCGAUCACCGGUCUUCUCCUCGCCGGUAUCGGCCAUAUCGAUUCGCAUCAAAAGAAAAACUUUUUGGUCGUCGACGCCAAAACGCCACUGUCGGCUGUUGAGGAUGCCUUCCAAGAGUUUUGCAAGCGCAAGGACAUCGCUAUCAUCUUGAUCAACCAACACAUCGCCGAGGAAAUCCGCACAUUGAUUGACGAGCACGACCAGGCAUUCCCCACCAUUCUCGAGAUCCCCUCCAAGGACCACCCUUACGAUCCCGAGAAGGACAGUGUGUUGAAGCGCGUCAGGAGAUUGUUUGGCGAGUAG